AUGGCCUCACUCUCCCUCUCCCAGCUGCUCGAUAAAGCUGCUCGUUGGGACCAGAGCUAUCCUAUCCACAAGCACCUCUUUCACGUUCCCACCUUGGGCUCUCUCGGCUGCCCUGUCGCUGCCUCUGAGGCCUCCAGCGACUGCAUAUACUUCUGUGGAAACUCAUUAGGCUUGAUGCCUCGCAAAACAAGAGAUGCUAUCAACAACGAGCUUGAUGCCUGGAGUCUGAGGGCUGUUGAUGCUCAUUUCAACCAUCCUCGUUCCGAUGGAGUCAACUGGAUGGACAUCGACCUAACUCUUCCUGAUUUGUUGACCUCUUUGUUGGGUACAACAGCCAACGAAACUGCUGUCAUGAACACCUUGACCUCCAAUUUGAACGCAUUACUAUGUGCUUUUUAUAAACCAGAAACCAAUGGCAAGAAGAACAAAAUCUUAUUUGAAAAAGGCGCUUUUCCCUCGGACUAUUAUGCUUUCUUAAACCAAGUUAGAUUACACAACUUACCUGGAAAUCCUGAAGACUAUCUUUUACAAAUUGCCCCAAAAAAAAACGAGUUCCAUCUAAACACUAGCGAUAUUGUUGAUCUAAUCACUCAAAAACACGACGAAAUUGCUUUGAUCUGCUUUCCCGGCAUCCAAUACUAUACUGGCCAAUUUUUCGAUAUUCAAAACAUUACCAAAGUCGCCCACGACUAUGACAUUAAAAUCGGCUGGGAUUUGGCUCACUGUGUAGGUAAUGUCUCCCUAGACCUACAUCAAUGGGAUGUGGAUUUCGCUUGUUUUUGCUCUUAUAAAUAUCUAAACUCAGGUCCUGGUUCAAUAGCCGGUAUUUAUGUCAAUGAAAAAUACUCAAAAGUCAAUCAAAACAACGAUAAAAAUCAACCCAAUACUGACUAUUUACCAAGAUUAGCAGGCUGGUGGGGAAAUGAUGCCUCGAAAAGAUUUCAAAUGAUUGAAAAAUUCGAACCAAUUUCAGGUGCUCUUGGUUUUAGACAAAGUAACCCCUCUGUCAUUGAUGUGGUUUCCCUCAAGACUUCUUUGGAAAUCUUUAAUCAAAUUGGGUUUCAUAACUUAGUAGAAAAAUCAAAACUUCAAUCAUCCUUUUUAUUAAACUUAUUAAGGGACUCCCAACACUAUAUCGAUCCAUCCUUUUUCAAAUCAUCUAAAGCACAUUUAGACGAAAUAGACUACCCUUCAUUCACUAUUCUAACUCCAUUCGAUCCUGAUCAAAGAGGCUGUCAAUUAUCUCUAUUAUUUUUUCCUUUGAACUCGAAAAAUAACAUAAUGAAAUCAGUCUUUAAUUAUCUCUGGAACCACGGAAUAAUUUGUGAUGAAAGAAGACCAAACGUUAUCAGAUUCGCUCCAACUCCAUUAUAUAAUACUUUUACUGAAAUAGUUCAAGUUGUAGAAAAAUUCAAUCAAGCAUUUGAUCACAUUCCCAAAAAUUAG